AUGGUAGACAUUACACAAUAUCAAGAAAAAAUUAUUAUAAAUAUUGAAGAUUUAGUUAAUACGGCGGGUAUUCUUAAUGCUGAACUUACCGAUAAAGUAAGGGAAAUUGCAGAGAAAAUUCCGCACUUAAAAGA